AUGUGGCUGUUUUUAGCAACAACCUGUUUGAUUUGUGGACCUUUAAAUGGUGGUGAAUACUUUCAGUUGGAAAACGAAGUGAAUCCUGAAGUGUGGAUGAAUAUUAGUGAACUCAUUACCUAUAAUGGCUACCCCAGCGAGGAGUAUGACGUCAUCACUGAAGACGGUUACAUCCUUAGUGUCAACAGAAUUCCCUAUGGCCGAAGAGACACUCGGAGCGUAGGAUCCCGGCCGGUUGUGUAUAUGCAGCAUGCCUUAUUUGCAGAUAACGCUGCUUGGCUUGAGAACUUUGCCAAUGGCAGUCUUGGAUUCCUUCUAGCAGAUGCAGGUUAUGACGUCUGGAUGGGAAACAGUCGAGGGAACACUUGGUCAAGAAGACACAAAACGCUUUCAGUGACUGAAGAGAAGUUCUGGGCCUUUAGUUUUCAUGAAAUGGCCAAAUAUGACCUUCCAGGAAUAAUAGACUUCAUUGUAAAUAAAACUGGUCAGGAGAAGUUAUAUUUCAUUGGACAUUCACUUGGGACAACAAUAGGUUUUGUAGCCUUUGCCACCAUGCCUGAACUGGAACAAAGAAUAAAAAUGAAUUUUGCCUUGGGCCCUGUGGUUUCUUUCAAGUAUCCCACAGGCAUUUUUACCCGUUUUUUCCUACUUCCAAACUCCAUCCUCAAGGCUCUUUUUGGCACUAAAGGUUUAUUUUUAGAAUACAAGUCAAAAACACCACCUAGUAUUAAAAUCUGCAACAAUAAAAUACUCUGGGUGAUAUGUAGUGAAUUUAUGUCCUUAUGGGCUGGAUACAAUAAGAAAAAUAUGAAUAUGAGUCGAAUGGAUGUGUAUAUGUCACAUGCUCCCACUGGAUCGUCAGUACAGAACCUUCUACAUAUAAAACAGUUGUACCAAGCGGACGACUUCAGAGCUUAUGACUGGGGAAGUGAAGCUGAGAACAUGCAUCACUACAAUCAGAGUCAACCCCCACUAUAUGAUUUAACUGCCAUGAAGGUGCCAACUGCGAUUUGGGCUGGUGGACAUGACGUUCUUGUAACACCAAAGGAUGUGGCCAGGAUCCUCCCUAAAAUCAGAAAUCUCAGUUACUUCAGUCUAUUACCAGACUGGAACCACUUUGACUUCAUCUGGGGCCUUGAUGCCAGUCAGCGGGUGUAUAGUAAAAUCAUUGCUUUGAUGAAGGAGUACUCCUAA